UCUUCCCGCCAUCUGGACGGAGAUGGACAAGUUCCUGCUCGUGCUCUUGCUGCUGGGGGUUUUCCCUCUUCUGUUCUUCCAAGCUGAAGCCACCUCAUGCAUGGUCUGCAACGAAUUUAGGAAGGACCGUUGUUUUCAAGGCAAGGGCACCUGCACUGUGGAAGGCAGCUCCAAAUGCAGAACCAAGAAUGUCUUCAUUUUCUGGGAGAAAGGUGGGUGGGUCUACAACCACAGUGAAUUGGACUGCACACAGAUGUGUUUACCUUCACAUCUGUAUUAUCCGGCCCUGAAGGUCGUGACCUUAUGCUGUAAAGAUCAAGAUUACUGUAAUAAACAUCAAGGAGAAAUAGAGAAGGUGAAGACUCACUAA